AUGAAUGUCCCCCAAAGUCCUUAUUUGGGGCCAAGUCUUCCUCAGUGUCUGGAUUUCGGUGAUGAGGGGGAUUGUGCAGGGUGGUCACACGGUCACACCUGCCCCUCUACAAUCCACCUGAAGAUAUAGUUUAAUACUAUGAGGGAGCAGGGAUCCAUCACAUCCCCGCCCAGCUAUACACUAUAUAUAUAUAUAUAUUAGGGGCUUCAGUUCUGAGGCUUCACAUGAUUCCGUGACGCCAUCACUAUCACAUAGUCGUGCCUCAGACAAUGCAGAACUCGGGACACGAGGUCUCCAGACUUCACGAUACAUCAUGAGGGAUCAGACUCCCCCGGCUGUGAUGGAUUCGCCCAAUAAUUCCUGUCUCCAUUUCACCUCAUUCUUCUUGGUGGGGAUCCCCGGUCUGGAGCACCUUCACAUCUGGAUCUCCAUCCCGUUCUUCACAAUAUACCUGUCGGCCAUCAUUGGGAACUACACCAUUGUGCUGAUCAUUGUCACGGAGGCCAGCCUCCACCAGCCCAUGUACAUCUUCUUCAUCCUUCUUGGUUUCGUAGACCUUAUUUUGGCCAACGCGGCUAUGCCCAAGCUUCUCGACAUCUUCUGGUUUCAGUUUAAAGAGAUUGACUACCAUGCGUGUCUCCUCCAGAUGUUCUUCGUUCACGCCUCAUCUACCAUUGAAUCUGGAAUCUUUCUGGCCAUGGCGUAUGAUCGCUAUGUAGCCAUAUGUAACCCUCUGAGAUAUUCAGUCACGGUGACCACCAGUGUUAUUCUGAUGAGUGGGUUAUUGGCCGUACUGCGGGGGGUGUUUUACAUCCUCCCCUUGCCGCUCUUAUUGAGAAGGUUCCACCUAUAUUCCAGCAAUGUUAUCCUGCACUCGUAUUGUGAGCAUAUGGCGGUGGUGAGGCUGGCUUGUGCAGAUGUCUCCUUCAAUGACCACCUUGGCAUGGCCAUUGGCUUCAUGGUGCUGGUGAUGGACUUGGCGCUUAUAGUAACUUCUUACGCCCUGAUCCUUCAGGCUCUUCUCAGGUUGACCGCUGAGGCUCGUCUGAAGGCCUUUGGCACCUGUAUUUCCCAUAUCUGUGCUAUCUUAUGUUUUUAUACUCCAAUACUUUCCUCAUCCUUGGUCCACAGAUUUGGGACAAACGUUCCUCACCAAACUCAUAUCCUCCUGGCAAAUGUCUAUCUUCUUGUUCCUCCCCUGCUGAACCCCCUGGUCUAUGGGAUCAGAACUAAACAGAUCAGAGAGCGGGUCAGGACAUUCUUCUCCUAAAAAAUCUAAAACAUUCCUGAUGGGACAAGCGAGACUGAACCCCCAGUGUCAAAGGUUAAAGGGUUCGCGGUAUACAUUGGAGUAUACAGUAUACAUGGUGCACCUUACUGCCCUGCAACCCUUGAGCAAACUUUAUUAUGGACUGAAUGAUAAAAACCUUGUGCAAUACAAGGGAUCAUGAUGCCACAAUCCCUCCCCUCAUGGUGUCACGCCCCACCCCCUCAAUGCAAGUCUAUGGAAAGGGGCGUGGCACGACAUCAGCAGGGGGCAUUGCCAUGGCAUCACGACCCCCGCAGACUGCCACACAAAAUGUUCCGAACACUGGGGCAAUGGAGUACCUCUUUAAGGCCCCGUAUGUACAGCAGAGCUACGUGUAUGGAACCUACAUGUGGUUACCCAGGAGUCAAGUGUUGCGUAACAGAUAGGGGUUGUAGUAGCGGAGAUCGCCAUUUCAGAUGUCACAGUGGCAGAAGAGGUUCUACUUUUCCAGGUCAGCAUGGAUAGCCACAAUGGACAGCAUGGAUAGCCACAAUGUCUCUAAACCUAUUUUGAAGCCUGUGCAGGUCGAUAUUCUAUAUAUAUUCUAUUUACCUCAAAGCCUAUGACAAUUUGUGGUAUCCCGGUGUCUUCCUGUCCUGUCAGGUGGAUGCCACCUAUUGUGUCUGCUCCGUGCCAACUAUUCAGGUUUAAAUGUAUUAUUUAUUGCAAUAAACUAUUAAUGCACUAAUAUGCUUUAUUGUGUC